AUGGCAAGUAUUAUUCAACCAACGAAUGACUGGGUAAAAAAAUUGUCAGAAGUUAAAAUUGAUAAAUCAGAUUUAAAUAAACUUAUUAUGAAUUACUUUGUGAUUGAAGGAUAUAAAGAUGCAGCUGAAACAUUUAGUCAAGAAUGUGGCAUAUCACCAAGCAUUGAUGUAGAUUCGAUAAAUGAUAGAAUGAAUAUAAAAAAUGCCAUUCAAAAUGGUAAUGUUGAAGAAGCAAUUGAACGUGUAAAUGAUUUAAAUCCAGAGGCAAGUAUAUUAGAUACAAAUCCAAAAUUAUAUUUCCAUCUUCAACAACAAAGAUUAAUAGAAUAUAUUAGACAAGGAAGAGUAUCUGAAGCUUUAGAAUUCGCACAAGAUGAGUUAGCACCUCUAGGAGAAGAGAAUCCUGAGUUUCUUGAAGAACUCGAGAGAUCAAUGGCAUUGUUAGCGUUUGAUGACACAACCACAUCCCCUGUAGGAGAUUUACUUCACCCAUCACAACGUCUACGUACAGCUAGUGAACUAAAUGCCGCAAUUUUAACUUCACAAAGUCAAGAAAAAGAUCCAAAAUUACCAAAUUUAUUAAAAAUGUUGGUUUGGGCUCAAGAUGAAUUAGAUGAGAAAGCAAUAAGAAAUAAAUUAUCGACAACAACAUUGGUAAUAGCAAUCGUUCAUAAUGAUAAUAGUAUUCUCAUUGUGAGUGAAAAUGCUGAUACAAAUGAAGAUAUUGUUCGCGUAACCAACAAUGAUGAUGAUAACACAGCCUCUAUUAACGACACCGACAUUUCUGAAGCAGCGGUACACUGUCUUUAUAGACCCACAACCCAACAUAGUCUCAAUGGCGAAGGGGAUGUGCAACAGUAUCUUUGUCCACAGGAUGGUCAAAUGGCUGUAUCCUCAACAAGCAAUACAUACAUUCUUACUAAAUAUUGA